AUGGACAACCAACGUGCAAGGCCAAAAAACCUUCUUGCCACGAAGAAAGAUGUUUUUACAUCACCUUCCUUUCAACCGUGUUUAGAAGCUUUUACAAUACCUCUCCCAGUAGACUUAGAAGAUGGAGAUCUUCUGAUGUCAGAGGCCAUGAUUGAGAGAAAACCUAGCUAUGAGCAGAAGGAGUUGAAGACACAGGGUUAUGAAGAACAGGACAAGCAGGCAGCAGAACCUACCUUGAGCAACCAAUAUGAGGAAAAGAUCCGACCUUGCAUUGAUCUCAUCGACAGCCUGAGAUCUCUUGGAAUAGAAAAAGACCUGGGUUUGCCUGCAAUCGCAGUGAUUGGAGACCAGAGCUCUGGGAAAAGCUCUGUCCUAGAAGCCCUGUCUGGUGUUGCUCUUCCUAGGGGCAAUGGUAUUGUUACUCGAUGUCCCUUGGAACUUAAACUGAAAAAAACACCUGCCACCGAGGCAUGGAGAGGGAAAAUUUGUUACCGCAACAUCAGCACAGAGCUCCAGUACGCUUCUCAGGUGGAGGGAGCAAUAAGAGAAGCCCAGGAUAUUGUGGCAGGUACUAGAGGUGCCAUUAGUGGAGAACUAAUUUCCCUAGAAAUUUGGUCCCCGGAUGUCCCAGAUCUGACACUAAUUGAUCUUCCUGGAAUCGCCAGAGUGGCUGUGGGAAAUCAGCCAAAAGACAUUGGGGAGCAGAUCAAAAUGCUACUUAAAACAAUUAUUGGCUGCAAAGAGACACUCAAUUUGGUAGUGGUGCCGUGUAAUGUGGAUAUUGCAACAACAGAAGCACUGAAGAUGGCUCAAGAGGUGGACCCCACUGGAGAAAGGACACUUGGGAUCCUCACGAAACCUGACCUGGUGGACAGAGGAACAGAAGAGUCUAUAAUUAACAUAAUACAAAACCGGAUCAUCCCUCUUAAAAAAGGUUACAUGAUCGUGAAGUGUCGUGGGCAACAGGAUAUCCACAACAAACUUAGCUUGACCGCUGCAAUCGAGCAGGAGAGAAAAUUCUUUGAGACUCACAAACAAUUCAGAACUCUUAUGGAAGAAGGAAAGGCUACUAUCCCUCAUCUGGCAGAGAGGCUCACAAAUGAACUCGUGAAACAUAUAAUUAAAUCUUUGCCAGCAUUAGAGAAGCAAAUAUGUGAGGUGCUCCAAAAAACGUUACACGAUCUACAGAAGUAUAGGAGAGGCACACCCAGAACAGAACCUGAGCAACUGUUUUUCCUCACAGAUUUGAUCAAACACUUUAAUCAAGACAUCUCCCAGGCAAUGCGUGGAGAGGAACAGUUGAUUGGAACGGAAAUCAGACUGUUUGCAAAAAUCCGCAGAGAGUUUCGAACAUGGGGAGUGAUUCUCCUGGAGUGUAAUGCAAAGGUGAAAAAAAUUGUGCCCAGUAAAAUGGGGAAAUACGAAGACCAGUAUCGUGGACGGGAGUUCCCAGGCUUUACCAAUCACAGGGUGUUUGAGGACAUUAUAAGAGAGCAUAUCAUAGAACUGGAGGAGCCGGCCAUUGACGUAAUGAACAGCGUGCUCGGACUGGUUCAAGAGAACUUUUUGGAACUCAGUAAAAGGCAUUUUGCUAAUUUUCACAAUCUAUACAGAGUUGUUAAGAGCAGAAUUGAAGCCAUUACUCAGAAACAAGCACUGGAAGCUGAAAGACGUAUCCGGACCCAGUUUAAAAUGGAGAAAAUUGUGUACUGCCAGGAUGACCUUUACAUUUCUGACUUUAAUAGCAGUAGGGCAGAAAACAUUACCAAAGGUAGCCCUGGAAAAGAGUUGCAGUUUGGAUCCAUUUCAAAUCAAGAACCCACCUUUGUCCAGGAUAUGGUUUGUCACACAAAGGCCUAUUUUAAUGGAGCGAGUAAACGCCUCUCCAAUCAGAUACCUCUGAUCAUCCUGUCUUCUGCCCUUCAUGAAUUUGGGGAUAACUUACAGACCACAAUGCUGCAUCUUUUGCAAGAAAAAGACAAGUUAAACCAUCUCCUUCAGGAAGACAGUGAUGCUGCUAAACAUAGGGACUACCUCAGUCAAAGAGUUGAUCGUCUCACCAAAGCCUGUCAGUACCUGAGAAACUUCACCUCACCGUAG